CUCGCCUCACGUCCGGAAGUAACCUCCGCGGAUAGCCGCGUGUAUUGUGCGGAUGCUGAAGUCUGGAGGGGUUGGAGCAUACUGGGUGGCUCGGCGGCGGCGCAAAGCGAUUCGGAGCUUUGGAAGACUGCUUCUGAGGACGCGGGGCCCUAAGAGAGCCCCUGCUGCACCGCGCCUCCCAAGUCGUGCCUCAUGGAGUCUACAUUCAGCAGUCCGGCGGAGGCAGUCCUGCAGCGGGAGGCGGGCUUCCCGGGACUGCUCACUUCUCUCGCUGACCUCGACCGAGUGUACGAGCUGGAGCGAGUUACUGGAUUUGUCCGCGACCUACGGUGUCAACGGGUGGCCUUGCAGUUCCCUGACCAGCUAUUAGGAGACGCAGGGGCCGUGGCUGCACGCCUGGAGGAGACUACAGGGUCGAAGAUGUUUAUUUUAGGGGACACGGCCUAUGGCAGCUGCUGUGUGGAUGUACUGGGUGCUGAACAGGCUGGAGCCGAGGCCCUUGUUCACUUUGGCACCGCCUGCUUAAGUCCCCCAGCCCGGCCGCUGCCCAUCGCUUUCGUUCUUGGCCAACGUUCUGUGGCUUUGGAGCUCUGUGCCAAGGCCUUUGAAGUGCAGAACCCAGACCCUACAGCCCCUGUGGUGCUGCUGAGUGAACCAGCCUGUGCCCAUGCUCUGGAGGCCUUGGCCACUGUCCUGCGCCCUAAAUAUCAGGACCUGCUUGUCUCCAGCCCAGCUCUUCCCUCACCAUCAGGGUCCUCCAGCCCAGAGCCUGAGCCACUGGAGCGUUUUGGGCGCUACUUCCCCUUGACCCCAGGGAGGUGCCUGGAAGAAUAUGGUGCCUUCUAUGUGGGGGGCUCUAAGGCUGGUCCUGACUCUGACCUUGACCCAGACCUGACCCGGCUGCUCUUGGGUUGGGCACCAGGGCAGCCUUUCUUCUCCUGCUGCCCAGACACGGGACAGACCCAGGAUGAGAGUGUCCGGGCUGGACGCCUAAGGGCACGAAGAUGGUAUUUGGUAGAGAGGGCCAGAGAUGCCCAUGUGGUAGGGCUGUUAGUGGGCACACUGGGUGUGGCCCGACACUGUGAGGCACUAGCACACUUGCGGAACUUGUCUCAGGCUGCUGGCAAACGCAGCUAUGUGUUGGCUCUGGGGCGGCCCACCCCUGCCAAGCUUGCCAACUUUCCUGAGAUGGAUGUCUUUGUGCUUUUGGCCUGUCCUCUGGGUGCACUAGCCUUGCAGCCUUCGGGUAACUUCUUCCGGCCUAUACUGACACCAUGUGAGUUGGAGGCUGCUUGUAACCCUGCCUGGCCGCCUCCAGGCCUGGCUCCCUACCUCACACAUUAUGCGGACUUGUUGCCUGGGUCUCCCUUCCAUGUGCCCCUCCCACCACCUGAGUCAGAGCUGUGGGAUACCCCAGAUGUGUCACUCAUUUCUGGGGAGCUCCGACCCCCACUGGCCCGGGCGCCUCUGACUGAUCCUGGAUGCUCUGCCUUGACCCCACGGCCCCAGCUGGAACUGACUGAGAGCAGCCCCGCAGCCUCGUUCCUUAGUUCCCGGAGCUGGAAGGGACUGGAGCCCCGUCUGGGUCAGACACCAGUGACAGAAGCUGUGAGUGGAAGAAGAGGGAUUGCUAUUGCUUAUGAAGAUGAGGGAAACAGUUGAUGCCUUGUGGGGCCAGAGACACAGAGAGCCUUAGGUGUUGUUGCUAGAACCUUUAGUGCUCCCAGCAUCGACUCAUAUUCCAGCAGGACAAGGAGCCUGAAUGGAAAGGGCAGGCCAGGCAGUGCCACAUGGAAGAUCAGAUCCAUCCCUGUCCUUGCCCGGCUCUUGACACCAGCCCUACCACAUAGUGGCCUAGUAAAUGUCUGUUGCUUGACUGAUGGAGGAAGCGCUUCAUGGACUUUCUUGAGGUUUUCUGAGUAUAUCUGUCCCUGGAGCAGCCCAGGACCAAUAGCCAAUUCCAGUUCCUGAUCUGCAGUUGAGUUUGCCUUUAUUAAAGGUUAGGUGCUAGGGCUGGGGAUUUAGCUCAGCGGCAUAAGUGCCUGCCUGGGAAGUGUGAGGUCAUGAGUUCAAUCCCUGGUACCAAAAAUAAAGUAAAAUAAAAUAAAGGUCAGGUGCUAGAUCAUCCAGACCAGGUUUCUCAAAGUCAGCACAGCUGACAUUUGGAUCAGAUAAUCCUUUGUUGUGGAGGCUGACUUGUGUAUGGCAUGAUGUUUAGCAGUGACCCUGGGCUCCACCUGCUAGACAUCAGAAAUGCCCUCCUUUAGUUGUGACAAACAACAUUUUCAGACAUUGGCAAAUGUCCCCUCUAGGGGCAUAACUGCUUCUACUUGGAAACCGAUGAUCUAGACCUGUACUGUUCAGGACAUUAGCAAUAGACUUAUUUAAAUUAAUUAUAUUAAAAGGUCAGUUUUUCAGUCAAACUGAUCUCCAGUACCUACAUAGGUGCAUGAGAAGACAGCUACAAGACGUUUCCAGCACUGCCAAAAGUUCUGUUGGGUAGUGCUGUCUACACUGUUUUGGACUUGUUUCUCAAGAUACAUUCAAAUAAACCAAGUAUUUUUUUCUC